AUGUCAAUACUGGGGAAAAGAAGACAUUCGGGGUCUGUUGCCCUCAGUACGUACAGAGACCAACACUAUAAGGUCAUGGGCGACCGUGACUGGUGUACGGGGAAACCAAGAAGCCGAAAAGGAGACGCGCGCCAGGAGGGGACUAAACUGGCAGCUCAACUGCCAGCGCAGCGGCGAUUCCUAGUAUCGACGCAAUAGUGACUUAGAGGUUCCCAGUCCAUUGCCAUGCUGCUAUUGCUCCAGUGUAGCAUUAGGGAACAGAUUUACGAACUGUUUGGCAGGGCUGGAGACGUCAAGAGAAUUGUCAUGGGUUUGGAUAAAGUCAGGAAGACACCCUGUGGUUUUUGUUUUGUCGAGUACUAUGAGCGUGACGGCGGGGAGAACGCCAUGCGCUACGUGAACGGGACAAGACUCGACGAUCGCAUUAUCCGCACAGACUGGGACGCAGGCUUCAAGGAGGGACGGCAGUAUGGUCGCGGCAAGAGUGGCGGCCAGGUCCGAGACGAAUACCGGACUGAUUAUGAUGAAGACCGAGGGGGCUACGGGAAGGUGAUUUUGUCAAAGAUCAGAACAUGAACUCAAACACUGUGUCAUCUCAGAGGGGCCAAGCAAGUGACAAGGGACAAUUGUUAGUAGUGAAAUGCUUGAAACAUGCAAUCUGAUUGGAUAAGCUACAAAGUGUGUAAUGCUUGAAACGUGGGAUUUGAUUGGAUGAGCUAUAAAGUGUCUGUGUGACAGUGAUUGGUACAUUGUGUGGAUGUGGGUUUUAACAGUACAUUAUCCGUGAUCAAGCUUAUAUUUGUAUCUCAACUAACUGGUGUAGUGGCAAGAUUCAUACUAGUCGUGUAAUUUGCAGAUGUUAUUUUCUAGACCUGGAUUUGGGUCAUGUGUAAUCUGUUUGGGGUGGAAUCACAUGUAACAAGAAGAGUUUUGCAGUUUGCAUCAAAACUAUAUUUUACACGGGGUACAAUAUUUCACGAGAACCGUUGUUCUGUUCACGUGUCGGUUACGCAACUUUAAAAUCACGAGAACUGCCAAUCGGUUACGUGGUGAACUAUUACAUUUUAAAAUUUAAAGUACCAUAUAUCAAUAAUGAACGAGAAAAUCAGUUUGCCAUAGUUCAAGUGUUUUAGGAUUAGGUAGGCCUAACUUAUAGGUUAUGAUAACUAUAUUCAUGUAACCGAACAAUCGGUUACCUAAGUAAAACUCACGUGAACUGACUUCCUGUUACCUAAGGUUUUGAAAUAUUGUCCCCUGUUUUACACCUUUAAAAAGUGUGUGUUUCCGGGAACCCGAUCUUUACCUAGACAACCCCUGCAAUGAACAAAAUGUCCACGGCAAAAAAAACAUGCCAUUGAAGAAAAACCUGUAGAUAGUUCAAGGCAAAACGGUGCCAUGGAGAACUAAAAACUCCACAGCAAUCUCCACGGCAUUGCUGAUUGCCGUGGGCAACUGCAGGGGUUGCUAGAACAAAGGGCUGAUCCUAAAUUCCCCCCCCCCCCCCCCCAAGUAUUGUAAAGAAAUUCAAUUUUUUAUUAAUACCUUUGUAAAAAGAGUAUACACAUAAAAAAAAUUCUGAACCCAUACAGGUGACAGAAAACUUCCAUACCUAAUUAUUUCAGCACUUUCCCUAAAACACACAAUGAUGUUUUUUUGUUUUUUGUUUUUUUUUAAUACCUUUACUAGUAGAUUGUACUGAAAACUAUAUUAAAAGUGUAUAUGAACUGUAAAUGACAGCUCAUUAAUAAACUGUUAUAAAUGCUUGUAUGAGCUCAUUAAUAAAAACUAUUAUAAAUGCAUGUAUGAGCUCAUUAAUAAAAACUGAUGUAAAUGCGUGUAUGAGACAUUAAAGAGUUUGUCCUGA